AUGGAGCAUUUUCAAGGUGACAAUCCUUUGGACAUUUCCAAUACAACAGCUGUCGGAUGUAAUGGAAUUGCCACUAACACCGGCGUUAACAAUGGUGUAAUUUCUUUAAUAGAGAAAAACCUUAAUAUUUUAACAUCAGAAUUUGAGAGAAAUGAAGCUAUUACCGAUAUAAGGUUUGCAGGAAAAGUGGCACUUGAUUACUGCGCAUGGUGGAUCCCCAGAACACUACUGGGCCUCCUAGGCCUCUCCGUAUUUAGAUCUAUUUGGAUGGCCCUAAGAUUAAUUUUUUUUCCUCCAGACCCUAAACCAGAAGUAGUUAUAUUAGACGUUAGUCUGAUAGCCCUGUAUAUACUAAAAUGUUUUUCAAAUUACAAAGUGUUUGUUGUUGAGACUUUCGAAGAGCUAAAAAAUACCGAUGCUUGUUACGAACACACGAAGAUAAUUCCUACUCUAGUUGAAGCUAAAUGGAUAAAACUGGCUGAUGAGAUCAUAGUUGAGACAUUAGGUUUUGCAGAGAUACUAGUAAAAUCCCAUCCCUCUAUUAUAAAAAAACCUCGAAUACUGUACCCCUCCAUUGAUUUGGGACUUUGGAAUGAACCGGGAAUAAAAAUUCAACGAAUAAUUCCAGAUUUGUUGGGAGAUACCAUAUUAUUCCUAUCUGUUGGAAAAUUUAAACGAGCCUCAAAUUUUAAAUUAUCUUUAGACGCUUUUGAAUUUCUUCUUAACCUUAUUGACGAUUCUGCCAUAACAAAGCGAUUUCAAUUAGUCGUUGCAGGUAACUGUAAAACUUUAGACGAAAGGUUUCACUACAGUGAAUUAAUGGCUUCAGCAAAACAAAGAGUAUGUGCUGCACAAGUAACAUUCUUAAGACAGCUUUUUUUUUAUUCGAGGAGAAUCUUCUGUAAGGAACAAAGAUGGCGGCACCAGAUUGGAAACACCGACGGCGGAAAAUGGACCAGACCAGGACGGAAAGAAUGCAGAGAACCCAGUGAAAAAAGACACAAGUGA